AUAGCCGGCGCUCAGCGGAGUUUGUCUUGCCUUGUGACUGCAGAAAAUAAACAUGUCAGAGAAGCUUCCAUUCAAAGUCGCUGACAUCAGCCUGGCGGAGUGGGGCCGCAAGGCCAUCACUAUCGCAGAGAACGAGAUGCCAGGACUGAUGAAGAUGAGGGAGAUGUAUGGGCAGUCCAAGCCUCUGAAGGGGGCUCGCAUCGCUGGCUGCCUUCACAUGACCCUGCAGACCGCCGUGCUCAUCGAGACCCUUCAGGCCCUCGGAGCAGAGGUCCAGUGGUCCAGCUGUAACAUCUUCUCUACCCAAGAUCACGCAGCUGCUGCCAUUGCCAAAGCUGGUGUUCCAGUGUACGCGUGGAAAGGAGAGACUGAUGAGGAGUACAUUUGGUGCAUUGAACAGACCAUCUACUUCAAGGACGGGCAGCCUCUCAACAUGAUCCUGGAUGAUGGCGGUGACCUCACCAACCUGGUUCACCAGAAAUACCCCAAAUUGCUUGCAGGAAUCCGGGGAAUUUCGGAAGAGACAACCACCGGUGUUCACAACUUGUAUAAGAUGUUGAAGAAUGGCGAGCUCAAAGUUCCAGCCAUCAACGUCAACGACUCUGUCACCAAGAGCAAGUUUGACAACCUGUACGGCUGCCGGGAGUCUUUGAUCGACGGGAUCAAGCGCGCCACUGAUGUGAUGAUCGCUGGGAAGGUGGCCGUGGUGGCUGGCUAUGGGGACGUGGGCAAGGGCUGUGUGCAGGCGCUUCGUGGGUUCGGCGCCCGGGUCAUCGUCACAGAGAUCGACCCCAUCAAUGCCCUGCAAGCCGCCAUGGAAGGAUAUGAGGUCACUACCAUGGAAGAAGCCUGUAAAGAGGGAAACAUUUUUGUGACGACCACAGGUUGUGAAGACAUCCUCUUGGGCAGGCACUUUGAGCACAUGAAAGACGAUGCCAUUGUUUGCAACAUUGGCCACUUUGACUGUGAGAUUGAUGUGAAGUGGCUCAAUGAAAAUGCAGUUGAGAAGACCAACAUCAAACCUCAGGUGGAUCGCUACCGCUUGAAAAGUGGACGUCAUAUCAUCGUGUUGGCAGAGGGCCGUCUGGUCAACCUCGGCUGUGCUAUGGGCCAUCCCAGCUUUGUCAUGAGCAAUUCUUUCACCAACCAAGUGCUGGCCCAAAUUGAGCUGUGGACCAACACCAGCAAGUACCCACUGGGUGUCUACUUCCUGCCAAAGAAGCUGGAUGAAGAAGUGGCUGCUGCCCAUCUCGACAAACUGGGUGUGAAGCUGACCAAGCUGACUGACAAGCAGGCCAAAUACUUGGGGCUACCGCGUGAGGGCCCCUUCAAGCCCAACCAUUACCGCUACUAAGCAGACAGGGGCAAAGCCAACCAGCCACCCCCUAGUGAGGGUGGGGGUUGCAGGUGAUGGAGGGGUCCUGUGUGUACCUGUGUGUUUGGGCAGGGAAGGGUUUGGCACAUUCUCCCAAAGCUUGUAAAGGUUAAUUUAUGUUCUCCUCAAACUGCCCUUUCCACUGUAUUUUACACUCCCCUCCUAUCUGCAAACCUCAACCAGACUUGUUCCACUUCUGUCAUAAGAAGGGAAAAGGUGGCUUUAAGGCCGUUCUCUUCUUGCAUUGCAUUCAUUUAUCAUGUUCAGCAAAGUUUUGGUCCCCAUUCUCAACCGUAAUGUUAAUUACUAGAUUUCCGGAUACGUUAAAGAUCCUGGGCAUUCUCUCCUGUGUAUUGUGAAUAAGUGUCAUCAUGAAAUGAGAGCAAGCAGUGAGGCUAUGCCUUACUUCCCUCUCUGUAAUUGCAAAGCUCUGGCACCUGUGAACAGCCCUUUUUCAAUACCUUGCCUUAACUCAUUUGAAAAGUGCUUCGUAAACCAGGAAUUUUCCUUAAAGGGAAAAAAAAAUAUUCUCACAACAGACAGUCAUUGUUUCUCCUCCCUACUUUUUGUCCCUAUUAUUUUCUGUCCCACGUGGUUCUUAGCUGAGCUAAGCCAAGGCGAGGGCAUGCUUAGGCUGAAACUACUGCCGUUUAGAAAGCAGUUGCAUAAUGUUUAGUCCCAAGUGUCUGUUUCCGUGCAGGAGGAUACAUUUUUAUCAAAUGUAAUAAAAAAAAAAAUAAAGGACACAUUAUGCUGAA